UUAGUUGGUGGUUUUAAUUUGUGGGAGUAUAUAAAUUAAGCAAAAUAUAACAAUUUUGUGGUGCAAUCAACUCUUUUAUCUAUUAAUAGCUUCUUGCUUUUCUUAAGUAUACCAAACAAAGUUUUGUAUUUUGUUAAGUGCAAUCAUUUAGUUUCAGAUUGUUCAUAGUUUAUAGGCUGUAACGCAACUUAAUAAAUAAAUUUUCGGAAGUGAAGAAAUUUGUGAAAGCAACCAGAGGGAGUUAAUUUUUUUGAACGAUAUUGAAAUAUUAUAUUGUAUUUGAGAAUCAUACAAAAUAAUUAUUUUUAUUUUUAAAAUUUGGCGCAUUUCAUUCAUUCUUUUAAAAAUUAAAAAGAGUAGUUGUUGCAAAAAUUUUACUAUUAUACAUUGACUGGGUAGAGCAAAUAUACAUACCAUACAAAUAUUUCUGUAUAAGAAAAUAACUUGAAUAAGGAAAUCAUAAUAGCAAAAAAAAAUGUUCUCUGGAAAACUACAAAUAAAGGUUUGCGAGGCUUGCGGGCUCCGGCCCACUGAUUUUCAAAAACGACAUAAUAUAACUUUUGGAAAACCUGAUGAUCAGCUUAUUGAUCCUUACGUUUCAAUAGAUGUUGAUGAAAGUCAUUUUGAUCGUUCAACGACAAGAUCAAAAACGUUUGAUCCUGUUUGGAAUGAACAGUUUUCACACGAUGUGAAGGACGCUAAAAAUAUUAAUUUAACAGUUUUUCAUGAUGCUGCCCUUCCCCCAGAUGAUUUUGUUGCUAACUGCAUUAUACCUUUUGAUGAUAUACUUCAUAACGAGUCAAAUGCACCAGAUUUAUGGAUUAAUCUUGAACCUCAAGGAAAAAUUCAUAUUAUUAUAGAACUUAAGAAAAAAACAGAUCAUUGUAAGGUACUUGCCGAUGUAGAACAACUUGUGGUUUCCACUAAAAAUGAAUUCAAGGAAAGAGCGGGAUUUAAUCGUCGACGAGGAGCGAUGCGAAGGCGUGUUCAUCAGGUUAAUGGUCAUAAGUUUAUGGCCACAUUUUUAAGACAGCCGACUUUUUGCUCCCACUGUCGUGAAUUUAUUUGGGGUAUUGGUAAACAAGGCUAUCAGUGUCAAGUUUGUACCUGUGUUGUGCAUAAACGAUGCCAUGGUUCUGUUGUUACGAAAUGUCCUGGAAUGCGAGAAGAACAAAGCCAAGCCGAAUCUAUUCCAGCUGGUCAAAGGUUUAAUGUAAAUGUUCCUCAUCGCUUUGUCGUUCACAGCUACAAAAGAUUUACUUUUUGUGACCAUUGUGGUUCAUUAUUAUAUGGUUUAAUAAAACAGGGCCUUCAAUGUGAAGCUUGUUAUAUGAAUGUUCAUAAGCGUUGCCAAAAGAAUGUCGCAAAUACAUGCGGAGUUAACACCAAGUAUAUGGCAGAAAUAUUAAAUUCACUAGGCAUUUCACCGGAUAAACAGUCACAACCUCGUCGGUCAAGGUAUUUAAAUUUGCCUGUCGGGGAAGAACAGUAUUCAGCUGAACGAAAAGAUAUUGUAGAAGGCGAACCAUCGCUACGUGGAAGUAAUCCACAAACCCAACAACAAAAUUUGAAUCUGUAUCAGUAUUCUGAAAAUCGCUCUGGUAAAUUAACACUUCAGGAUUUUAAUUUUAUAAAAGUACUAGGGAAAGGUUCUUUUGGAAAAGUAAUGUUGGCAGAAAAGAAAGGUACAGAGGAAAUAUACGCUAUAAAGGUAUUAAAAAAAGAUGCAAUUAUACAAGAUGACGAUGUCGACUGUACAAUGACUGAGAAACGUAUAUUGGCGUUGGCAGCUAAGCACCCAUUUUUAACAGCUUUGCACUCAUGUUUUCAAACACCUGAACGGUUAUUUUUUGUGAUGGAAUACGUCAAUGGAGGGGACUUAAUGUUUCAAAUUCAAAAAGCCCGACGCUUUGAAGCUGCGCGUGCUGCGUUUUAUGCUGCUGAGGUAACAUUAGCCUUACAGUUUCUUCACUCCCACGGAGUGAUCUACCGUGACCUUAAGUUGGAUAACAUUUUGCUAGAUCAAGACGGUCACUGCAAACUUGCAGAUUUUGGAAUGUGCAAAGAAGGAGUAUUGAACGGGGAACUUACUUCAACAUUUUGUGGUACUCCUGAUUACAUUGCUCCUGAAAUAUUGAAGGAACAGGAGUAUGGUGCGUCCGUAGAUUGGUGGGCACUUGGUGUUCUUAUGUACGAAAUGAUGGCUGGACAGCCACCAUUUGAAGCUGAUAAUGAGGACGAACUUUUUGAUUCCAUACUGCAUGACGAUGUUUUAUAUCCUGUUUGGCUAUCCCGUGAAGCUGUUUCUAUAUUAAAAGGAUUCCUAACGAAAAACCCAGCCCAACGUUUAGGAUGCUCGGGAGAUGAGAAUGAGAUACAAAAGCAUCCAUUUUUUGGAAAGUUAGAAUGGAAUGAACUUGGGAAUCGCAAUAUUAAACCACCUUUCAGACCAAAAAUGAAAAAUCCACGUGACGCCAAUAAUUUCGAUACGGAAUUCACUAAAGAAGAACCUAUUCUAACACAUGUGGCCAAAGAUGUCAUACGUUGCAUUAAUCAAGAAGAAUUUGUUGGGUUUUCCUUUGUCAAUCCAGAUUUUGGACCAGAACGGAUAGUCUUUUAAGUAAUUACUAUUUAAAUAUGACAAAUUGUUUUGUGCGAACUUAAAUGUAUAUGAAGUAGUGGAACUACUAUUUUUAAUCAGGAUACGCACAAUAAAUAAUCCUUGUAUUUGAAUCGAGGAAAAUACA